GUGGAAAUAGUUAGCUUGUUUUCUAUUAUUUCGCUUUUAGCCACCAUAGAUGGAGACCAAUUUUAUAUUCACUAUAAAGAUGGUUUUGGUGAGCCGGAAGCCAAUCAUUGGCUUGGGCUAGACAAGAUUCACUACAUCACGACAAGUCGUCCACACCAUUUAUUUGUGCAGGUCUUUAAUAAUAUAGACUGGAAAGAAAGAUGGCGGAAAUAUGAAAACUUUAAAGUCGAAGAUGAAUCCACCAAUUAUCGUAUGACGUAUUCUGGGAGUUUUCCAUGGACCCAGUCAGAAGCAAGUGCUGAUCCUUACUGGACCAAGGCCAUCUUGUCGACACCAUUAGGUGAUUCUAUGAUUGGGUUAAAUGGUUCAGCUUUCAGUACAUUUGACAGAGAUAAUGAUCUGGAUGCUGGUAGAAACUGUGCUCAAGAGUAUCAAGGUGGCUGGUGGUACAACGCAUGCGCAGAUUGUAACCCAAAUGGUCCUCUCAAGAAUCCUCGAAAUCCAAGCGCACUUGACGAAGCCUUUUGGAAAUAUGAUUUUAUGAAUAACUAUACACCACAUAUAGAGAUGACUAUCAGAACAGCUUAAACCGUAUACAUUUUAUGGUAUCAAGGUGGCUGGUGAUACAACGCAUGCGCAGAUAGUAACCUAAAUGGUUCUAUAAAGAAUCUUCGAAAUCCAAGCUCACUUGACGAAGCCUUUUGGAAAUAUAAUUUUAACAAUAAAUAUAUCCCGUUCGUUGAGAUUAUAUUAAGAGUUGUUU